UUUCUAGGAUUGUUUUCAGCCUUGGACAAUGACUGCAGCCUGGGAAUCCUGACCUAUGGAGUGUCGGUCACCACGUUGGAGGAUGUCUUCUUCAGACUAGAAGCAGAAUCUGAGGUGGACCAAACAGAUGGCAAUAUUUUCACCCAUCAGAAGAUAGAUGAUGACAGGAAGUGGAAAUCCACGGAAGAUAUUGACCAGGGCUUGCUGGCCCUUCCGGAGUCCGAUCCCUGUACCGUGAGUGGCCGCGCUCUGUGGAAGCAGCAAGUCCGGACCAUAGCCAAGCUACAUUUCCGCAACUUAUGCAGAGACCGGAAAUGUAUCCGAAACGUGUGUCUGUCUUUAUUCCUUUUCCUGGCUGCCCAGGUCGCAGUAAACAUUCUUCACUGGUACAAUCACAAGCCUUCCAUCCCCAUCAAACUGUCUUCUGAUCUGUAUUUCCUGCGUCCAGGACAGAAGAGUCAGAAGGACCUCAGCAGCCUUCUUCUCCAGAGCUCCACAGGUGCCAGUAUAGAUGAGAUAAUUGACCACCUGCACAGCCAAAGGAUAAAGGUGGACCUGAUGAAUGGGACUGACUAUAUGUCUGUCGCUCCUCACAGUGGCGCUUUGGAUGUCAUUAGUUCAGGAAAGUAUUUCAUCUAUGAAGCCGUGUUCAAUAGUACCAUGGUGCACUCCCUACCUGUCCUCAUUAACACCAUCAGUAACACUCUGCUGAGACAGCUGCAUGUCAACGAGAGCAUCCAAGUGUGGAGCAGCCCUUUCCCCAAGGAAUACCUGGAUGUAUCAUUCAAGAUCACUCUGUACUUCCUGGUCAUUUAUCUGGGAAUUUUAGCUGCUGGGAUGUUGCCUUAUUUUGCCAUGGAGAACAUCUACAACCACAAGGUGAAGUCCUACACCCAGCUGAAGAUGUCGGGACUCUACCAGUCUGCUUAUUGGGUCGGACAAGCUUCGGUGGACAUGAUUUUUUUUCUGCUGAUCCUCUCCAUCAUGCUGGGAAUUUUGUUCAUCUGCAAUAAGGGAAUUUCACUUUAUGCCGGGACCUUCGUCACCUUGGUCUUCUGUAUGAUCGGCUACAUUCCCGCGACGGUGCUGCUAACCUAUGUGGCUUCUUUUACGUACAAAGUCAUCAGUGACACCCGGCAGUGGUGGUCCAUUUUCUUUUCUAUGAUGUGUCUGAUCACCAUCACCGCGGUUGAGCUUGCCUCGGUUAUUGGGAACGAUUUGAUAUUUACCAUCUGCCACGACCUGUUCUCCUUAUUUAUCCCCAUCUACCCACUGAUUGGCUGUUUGAUCUGUUUCCUAAAGAAGUCCUGGAAGGUUUCAGGGGAUGAAAACAGCUACACACAGCUUGGCCGGGUGCUGGUGGCAGUUCUAUCUCCGUACAUACAAUGCGUGAUCCUUCUGCUUCUCCUGCGCCACCUAGAGGUAAAGAAUGGAGGAAAAUCGAUCAGGAAAGAUCCCUUGUUCAGGACGAAAGACAAGAAAGGAAAAGCAUGGAAGUUCACCGAGGUCCCGGAGGACGAAGACGAGGAUGUCCGGACAGAAAGGGCGCGGGUUGGCGAGUACAUGGCGUCUGACUGCUAUGAGCAGAAACCGGCCAUCAUGGUGAGCGGAUUACACAAGGAGUACAAUGAGAAGGGGAAGACCAUUGUGGGGAAGACCAUGAGGAAGCUGGUGGUCAAUAACAUCUCCUUCUGUGUCAGGAAAGGGGAGAUUCUGGGGCUGGUGGGGCCCAAUGGAUGCGGUAAAAGCACGAUCCUGGACAUAAUGGUGGGACAGACGGGAGCCGAACGCCGGGAAGAUCUGGGUUGGAGAUCCGGGCCCCUCAGAAUCAGGAGAGGGCCCCCUACGAUUUGUAGGGUAUUCACCUCAAAUAAAUCAUCUGUGGCCAGAGAUCAAAGUGCAGGAACACCUGGAGACCUACGGCUCCAUCAAAGGCAUGAGCCAGAGCAGCCUGAAAGAAGUCAUAGACAGAUAUGCACCUUGUGUUUCCAUUCUUCUGUUUCUGGACCUUUUGGAUAA